CGAUAUUCAUUUUAAUGAAAUUGUGCAUCGGGACAAAACGCGGUAAAAUGGCGAAUACAUAUGUUGUUAUUGCUGCAUCAAUUUUCUUCUGCAUUGGAUUUAUUGGAAAUUCUUUCACCGUGUGUUUUGUUAUUUUCUCUAAACAGCUGCACACUCCGACUUACGUCAUGAUUGGAUGCCUAGCAGUGUCUGACCUGCUCGCCUCUGUGACGCGAUAUGUUACAAUAUUACCUGAUCCAUUUAAAUCUUUUUUUAAUGAUCUUUGUCAUAAAAAUAUAUAUGUUAUAGUCGCCUUUUUAUUCAUCCACUCGGCAUUUUUCCAUAUGGUAUUAGUAUCAUAUGUACGUUUUGUAUUCAUUACAAACCCCCUGCGAAGUUUGAAAUUGACCUGUAAAACAAUUUUGUGGAUGUCCUGUGUCGUUUGGAUAAGCUCUAUUAUCGUUUCCAUCGGAUACGGAGCAGUUAUAGUGCUACUUUUAAAGAACAUAAUAUCUGUCGAAACGCUUGUUUUGAAUGAACUUGGGUUUGCUUUGUAUGUUGGUGGAUUACCAUUUAUUAUUGUAGUUGUUUUUAAUGUUCGAAAGCUGUAUUAUCUGUAUAAUCAAACAGCUUUGAUUCGACGAACCAGAAUAGCAAAUUCGAUGUCGUUGAUGUUUUGGAUUAUUAUCGUGAUUUAUCUCCUAUGCACAAUAUAUCCUUUAAUUUACAUAAUCGACUUUGCAGUGUUAAAAGACAGGCCACUUCUAAAUAGAAGUUUAAACCUAGUCCAUGAAAUGUUUAAUUUUUCAUUGCUUGUUAAUAGUUGUUUGAAUCCUUUAAUAUAUUUCAUGUUUUCACCCCCUGUUUUAAGACUCCUAUCCCGAUUAAGAACAUAUUGUAAUCAUGGGUCAGAUCCACGUAUGAGCAAUUCUGGGGAUCUAUUCACAAUAAGUCGUACGUCUACGAGUACACUUUAAACUUACGACAAGCGUACGUUUACGUUUUAGGGGUUAUUCACCAGAUGGAACCCCCCCCCCCCACUAGAUCCGUACAUAAUAUGUAGUACGCUUAUUACAUUACAUACUGAUAUUAAAUCAGGUAUGCCUAUGUUUUACUGAUUUAAUGCAUUUGUAGGAAUAAAAGAAAACGCCUUUAUUAUAAAAUAAUUUUCGUAGUUUUACCUAAUACUGAUUCGACAUACCCGGAAUUGAUGGCGCAUAAUAUAUCUAAGGUUUGUAAUUGUAAUUAUGAAUUGUACACUCGAAUGAUUAUAAUUGUGCUUCAUAUAAGAUUAAGAAAAAUAAAUUCCAGCCACCAUUAAUAUAUUUUGCAACACGGGAUACAAAAGGAGCUCUGGUACUGUCUUUUCAUGGUACACCAUAGCGCGUUAUCGAAUAGGAGCUUCUUCUCUUUAUUUUACUUAUGAAAAAAAUAAGGUAAAACCGCCAUAAUUCAACUAAAACAUAUCAGUUAUAGACUAACGUCAAGCUGUCGUAAGAUAAUAACGUUGUUGUACGUCUGUUACAGUCGUAAGUGCGUCUAAGUUCUUGGUUACCGACAAUCCACAUGCGCAGUAGGCAUUGUGGAGAAAUGACGUCACGCUGUAAUUUCGCGCAUUUACAUUAGCGCAAGUUUUUAGCGCCUUUGAGCACAUCCAUAUAUAACGAAGUUACUUCUUUUCUUCGUAUGCACCCAUUCUAAUGUAUGUGUGUUUGCAAUUGUCGACAGAAAGAAAAUCCACAUGUGCCUGACGUUAAAAAUAUUUCGUAUUAUUAUAAUAUAAUCUCAUGUUUUAUAAAAGCAUUAUUAUGUUUUACUGGGAAUAAUCUUGUUAUUAAAAGAAAUAUUUUUAACGUCAGACGACUGUGAGAAAAUCUUAUUGAUGUAUGAAAUUUAUUUCAUGUUAUAAACUUCAAAAAAAUCUACUACAUAAUUUGUUUGUAAUAAAACGUGGCAUACUGAAAAUACUGUCAAAAAAUACGUUCAGUUUAUCGCUACAUGUUCAUUCUAAAU